AUGCUUGUUUCUCCACAGAGAUUUUUUGAGAGAAUUAUGAAGAAAGAAUCUGCUAGUUUGUGUUUGUUUCUACUGUUGAUCAAUGGAAUGUCGUUAACAUCUGUUCGCGGUUUUCUAUAUUCAGACGCUGAAUCACUUCUCCAGGAUGUCUUUCAAAACUAUUCAACCGAUAUUCGACCAAAAGAGAACUUAUCAGAAGUUGUAGAGGUCUCUAUUUCGUCAUUCAUAUUUUCAGUCAACGAUUUUAAUGAGGUUUCUGGAGUUUUGUCCAUUGUGAGUGGAUUUAUGCUGAUUUGGCAUGACUUUCGGUUGACUUGGACACCAAGCAAUUAUGGUGGCAUCCAGGAACUCCCCGUCCCUAAACUAAAACUAUGGGUACCAAAUAUCUUUUUGAUUGACCCAGCCAAAAAGAUGGAAGCGAUUGGGGAUGAAGACUUCAUAGGCAGAAUUUCUUAUUCUGGCAUAGUGUCAUGGGUACCAGCAGAUCCUAUAUUACCAAUUUCCAGGAAACAUGUUCUCAUGCUUGACAUUCUGAAACUCCGAUGUCUGUGUCGUAAUUGUGGAAAACGCAAAAAGAAGUCUAAGAUCUUUGUCAAUUCUGCAAAACUUGAUGAAGGCUUCGAAAAGAGUAAUAAGGCCGAGGACAAAAAUACACAAAAUUAUGUAACAGAGGAGAAAAUCACUUGGAAGAUUUUGGCGGAGGGAUAUGAUAGAGUUUCUGGAGUUUUGUCCAUUAUAAGUGGAUUUAGGUUGAUUUGGCAUGAUUUUCGCAGGGUUCUUCAUGGGCCGUUUAACAUGGCGGCCCUGCCAGUUAAAUUCCUUAGCACCAAAGUUAAAAAAUCAGCGCCAUAG